AUGCCUGAUAAAGAGAAAAAAAAGGGAACGAACAUCUCGCGCCGGAGCUUCUUAAAAGGCGUAGGCACCGGCACCGUUGCCGCAACCGUCGCCCCAAGCGUCUUAAUCGGUAGCGAGAAAACCGCUGAUGCCCAACAAGUAGGCGACGCUGUUGAGAGCGCAACAAUUCAACUCAAUAUCAACGGGGAACCGUAUCAAGUUGAAGUUGAAGCACGCACAACCCUCUUGACCGUUUUACGCGACGGAAGUGAUACCAGCGGGAACAAUGUUGACCUAACCGGUGCCAAACUCAUUUGUGACCGCGGUGAAUGUGGCGGUUGUACCGUCAUGGUAGAUGGGAAAACGGUCUACGCCUGCAUGAUGCUUGCAAUGGAUGCCCAAGACAAGCAAAUAACGACUGUUGAAGGGAUAGCCGAUGGCGACGAUCUGCACCCUGUCCAGGAAGCAUUCAUCCAGCACGACGCGCUCAUGUGCGGAUUCUGCACACCCGGUUUCAUCGUCUCAUCUACAGCACUGUUGAGUGAAAACACAAAACCGACGCUUGAAGAAAUUAAAGUCGGUUUGUCCGGCAACACGUGUCGCUGUGGGCACCUAUCCGUUCAUCUUGAUGCUGUCAAGACUGCAUCCAAGAAGAUGUAA